AUGUUCCAUGAAUGCCAUCUUGCUAAAGAUGGACUUCAUCUUAACUGGGACGGAAAUUACCUCUUCAGCCGGCUUAUACAGAAGCAAUUAGAGAAAAUGUCAAAACCCAUAGACCCUCGUGGUACACCCCAACCCCAUUGUCCACAUGAGCUGAAGAAACUGGUCCGAACACCGAGGAAGAAAAUCUCAGCGAAAUGCCCAAAGACCAAGCGGUGCAUUGACAUCCCAAAGCCUCCCACAAGUUCCAGUACAACCUCAAAGACAUCGGACACCACUAAGCCUCCUCCUUCUGUCACAACCAAGCCUCCCAAAAUGUCAAGAAAACAGAGGAAGUCAAGACAAGUCAUCGAGGACAGAGAAGGUUUUUUGCAGCUUGGGAGGAGUUUGUCUAGUACCAAACCAGUGAUGUACUUCAUCAAACCUUAUGUGGCUAUGGCCACAAUACGGUAUGAGGAGGUCAACAGCAAUUUUCACCAUUCUCGAGGUGCUUCACACCAACAAGUGCGCCUUCCGAAGGCAGAGACACCUUAUGUUGCAUCACGCAAGCAAGGGAAGAGGCGACGCAAAAGGAAAAAGCAAAUCGUGAAAAGACGGAGGCGGCGAAAAUGGAAGGUACCUUGGGAGGCUUCAGUCAAGUUUUCCUGGAGGAAUGAUGGGCAAAUGGACAACAACAAAACAGGAAGCCAAGGAGGUAACAAUAUGUCAUUGCAGGGGUGAAGCAAUCUCAAGGGGGUUCAAAACGAGCUCGACCCCCUUGUCAGAAAGUUGAGUGUGGUCCGUGCCAAAUUUGCUCAAGAUCCAGUACAAAAUGGACCCAUCUUAGCAUCUUGAGCAACUCAAAGGUUAAACAAUAUUUUAGAACUUACUUGCCACAUUUGAGUGAGGAUGGUUGCAUUUGUAAUGCAUGCAGGCACAAAUUUACAAAAAAAAAGUAACAAUCCAGUCUAUACGCCAGAAAAAACAAGAUCUAAGCAAAGACCUCUUUGUUACCUUAACAAAUAUGACAUGUGUUCAACAGUUUCAGUGGCAGAUAGCUCUAUUUCUUUGGAAACUUUUCAAUCCUGUUUUCCAACCAUUGACUGUUUAUUUAUACCAAGCUGUGUUUCUUUGUGCAGUUUACACAAAUCUUUCAUAUACAACAUUCAGUCAAAUGCAAAGUGUGUGGUUUGUGGUGUCAUUCUGGUUAAUUGUAGAAGGUAUGCAUGUACAAAUCUGGAUAUUAACAAUGCAUAUCUGCAACUAAAUAUUUCAAUUGACGAGGUAACAAUUACU